AUGAUCCCAACACACGUGGGGUUUCUCGGCGCUGCCUCCUACGAGUCCGUCAGCUGCGUCACUGCAAACGUUCAAGCCUUCGUGACGGAUCUGAGUCACGAGGACUUGGACGUUGAGGAGAACCUGCAGGAAAUGGUGGAACUCAUUUUCAAGAGGGCCGUGAAGAAACCAGACUCUGCUGCAGUCUUCGCGGAGCUGUGUCAACACCUCUCAGAAGUGGAGUUCCAAUCCUUGUCCGACUGGUCAGCCAGCGUCUCCUUCAGGUCUCUGCUGGUUAAACACUGCCAGGCAGAGUUCAGGAAGAGCUUGGACAAGGAGGGCAUUGUUCAAAAGAGUGGGUCCUGCCUGAACCCAGUCCAGGACGUGAGGGUCAUCGACCGGCUGAGGGAAGAGCAACAGAACACCAAACCUUCCGGUCGCUUCCUCAAUAUGCUGAGGUUUAUUGGGGAGCUGUUCCUCUCCAAGGUGCUGGCAGAGAAAUCCAUGCACUGCUGCAUCAGGAGGCUGUUGCAGAAAGGAGACGGGCCGUCUCUUGAGGGUCUCUGUCAGCUCCUCCAGAUGAUCCAGCAGGACCUGGAGGUGGUGACGGAAAAGGAAGUGAUGGACACCUACUAUAACCAGCUGGACCAUAUCGCAGAGAAAGAGAAGAGGGCACCAAGGCUCUCCCUUUUGUUGAAGGAAACAGUGGAUGCCAGGAAGAUGGCAUACUCCACCCCCCACUAA